AUGAUAGCUACUGUUGAUGCAAGAUUUUCCGAUCAACUGUUCAACCGAUAUUCCAGCUUCAGCAAACUCCGCCGUUCUAUCGCAUACUGGUUGCGAUACUUCCGUGCCUUGCAGGCAUCCUCGACGAAGACCACCAUCGAAUCAUUCGAAACUAUAACCACUGCCGAACUACGAGAAGCAGAUCUUGCUUUGUGUCGCCUGGCUCAGCGAGAAUCGUUCUCCGAGGAGAUAUCCAACCUCCUUGCCGGGGAACGAGUACCAACGUCGUCGCCAUUGAAAUGGCUCAACCCAAGAAUAACCAAGGAAGGUGUGAUCCGAGUUGGUGGAAGACUCGGCAACGCCGCCGUUUCCGAAGAUGCUAAACACCCGAUCGUCCUCUCAUCAAAGCACCUGCUAUCCGAUUUGUUGGCCGAUCACUACCACAAGACUCUGCUGCCCGCUGGUCCCCAGCUGAUGCUCGCCACGAUUCGCCAGAAGUUCUGGAUCAUCGGCGGUCGAAACCUUGUUCGCCGUACGUAUCACCAGUGCCAUACGUGCUUCCGCAGCAGACCCGUCUUGGUACAGCAGAGCAUCGCCGAUUUGCCCACAUCAAGAGUCACUCCGACAAGACCAUUCGCCGUAUGCGGGAUCGACUACUGCGGCCCCGUGUACAUCAAGUCGCCGAUCCGCACUCGGGCGCCAACGAAGGCAUAUAUCGCCAUAUUUGUGUGCUUCGCCACUCGUGCCGUUCACAUCGAGCUUGUAUCCGAUCUGUCUACGCCGGCUUUCCUCGCCGCUCUCCGCCGUUUCGUCGCUCGCCGUGGAAGGAUGACCGAAAUCCACAGCGACAACGGCACCGCUUUCAAGGGUGCAGCUAACAAGCUGCAUAGAAUCUACGAGAUGAUGAAGACCAAUGAAGCUGAUCGGAAGCAAAUCCUCGACUGGUGCGCUGAAAAUGAGAUCGUUUGGCGUUUCAUCCCGCCCCGUGCUCCCCACUUUGGCGGUCUGUGGGAGGCAGCCGUCAAAUCAGCCAAGAACCACUUGUUGCGUGAAAUCGGCACAGUCAACGUCAGCUACGAGGACAUGUGCACUCUUCUCAUGCAAAUUGAGAUGUGUUUGAACUCCAGACCACUAGUUCCGAUCCCAACUGAUCCAUCAGACAUGGAAGUUCUGACCCCCGGACACUUCUUAAUCGGAACCAGCCUCCAAGCCGUCCCUGAACAUAAUCUGUGCGACGUUCCGGACAAUCGUCUAACGCACUGGGAGCUCACACAGAAGCGGUUCCAGAGAAUUUGGUCCAGAUGGUACCCAGAGUACCUGCAACAGCUCCAGUCACGAUCCACGAAGUGCAAGUCAGCAGUCACCAUUGAACCUGGACGAGUCGUGGUGAUUAAGGACGACAACCUACCACCGAUCCAAUGGCCGCUCGGGAAGAUCAUCAAGGUGCAUCCGGGCAAAAACGGAGUGGUACGUGUCGUCACCCUGAGGACUGCAAGAUCCGAAGCCGUCGUCAGACCAGCCGCCAAGAUAGCGCUGUUGCCGAUUCCGGAGAACCGAGUUCCAAAAUCCUGCGAGUGA